AUGGUAGUUUUUACUAAUGGAGGGGAUUUAGAGGUUAUCAUUGAUGAGAAGAAUCCAACAAAAGAAGUUAUUCUACCAAAUUCAUCCAUCUUCUUAAAGCUUCCUUCUAAUUUAUUAAAAUUUAUUAUUGUAAAACAAAACACAAUAAUAAAUCUGGGUAAAUUUGGCACGUUUUGUACUAAUGAUAUUAUUGGUCAUCCAUAUGGAUUUACUUAUGAAAUAUGUAACCAAGAAUUGAAAAUUAUGAGGAGCGAUAGAAUUCAUGAAAUAGAGGAUGAAAUAGCAAAUAAUAAAGAAACAAUGGAUGAUUCUUUUAAUCAGCUGCUUACUUAUGAUGAAAUAAUGCUUCUAAAACAAAAUAAAGAUUUAAGUGGACAAGAUAUUGUAAAUAAAAUUGUUUUUUCACAUAAAACAUAUGAUCAAAAAACUGAAUAUGCAAAAGAUAAAUACAUACGUAAAAAAAUCCAAAAAUAUCAAAAAGGAUUUACUACUAUGUUUCCAACAAUAUGGGAAAUUUCUGAACAUAUAUUAAUGAAAGAUUUUUUAAAGAUAAUGGAUUUACGGGCAGAAAUAAUAGCAUAUAUUUUAAAUUUAGGCAAUGUUCAGCCUGGAGGGAAAUAUAUCGUCGUAGAUGAAACUUCCGGUUUAUUAGUGGCCUCAAUAUUAGAACGUAUGGAUUGUAUUGGUCAAAUUAUGUAUAUUCAUACUAAUGAGCAUCCAAAUCUGGAUAAUUGUAAAUAUUUUGGACAAGAUUAUAUUCCUGAUAGACUCAUUGAGAAAGAUGUUUUGUUAACUUUAAAUUGGCUAAAUGUUAUAAAUCGUAAUCAAGAAAUUGAAUUUGAAAAUAAAGAUAUCAAUACAAUGAAAACAAAGUAUAUUGAAAAAUAUUUAAGAAAAAAAAAAGUGCAUGAACGGCUUAAGCGUAAUAUUCAGUUGCUUAAUAAGGGGGAAUUUGAUGGACUUUUUAUUGCUUCAACAUAUGAUCCAUCAAGUAUACUACCACAUCUCAUUCCUUUUGUUGCCGGCUCUUGUUCUAUUAUUAUAUAUUCACCUUAUCGUGAAAUACUUGUCGCUACUUCUCAUUAUAUUUCUUCACGCAAUACACAUGAUAUUCUUGCUCCCAUAAUUUCCGAAAUUCGACAUCGUCAAUAUCAAACCUUAAGUAACAGAACUCAUCCGUUUAUGGUAUCCAGAUCUUUCAUGGGAUAUGUUUUAUCUACAAUAAAGGUUCUUCCAUGUCUUAAAAAUCUUAGACCUUUGGGAAAAAAAUAA